GGUCGUUGUAGUAGUGGGGUUAGAGAUCGGCUGGGAGGUCGAUUAUUCCAGUUGGGAGAAAGAGAGGAAGGUUGGAAUAAUAAUGGUGGGAGAGGGAUUUUGCUUUUCCAGCACCAUAUAACCCAUUUGCAGCCACCAAUCUCUCAAACAAAGAGUCGAGACAUGUGCACGAGCCAAGCAUGGCGAAAGCUGAAGCACUUUGGUUUGGAUUAGCUGUAUGCAACCAACCAAACAAGCAACGCAUGUGGCUUCAAACUUUGCAAACUGAAUCGAUUUUGAACCUAAUUUGUCAAAUCAUUAGCGAUAACGCCAGUGAAAUUGGUUACUGUUGUCGUCGAUGGAGCUGGACUCGAAGAUGAGGGGCAGAGAGAGCAGAAGAAGGCGGUGGGGGAGACAGUACAGACAACAGAGGGACAGCUGGAGGAGAUUGAUAAUUUAUUAUUCUGGAAAGUGAUGCUGCGGAUCGGAUCCAUCAUUUAUCAUCACUGCCAAAAAUGCUUUCUCGUACUUUUCAUGAUUUUAAUUUGGUACCUGCAAUAUUUUUUUUUUCUUGCACAAUCUUACCUGCAGUGGCACUGUUAGUAGUAGCUAUUGGGAAAUUUAAAUUUCAUUUCCAGUGCUGAUCUUUCUAAAAUUUCAUAGUUUCAACAUUUUCUAUACUCUUUUAUUUUUUAAUAGAAACACUCAUUUACUUAUUUUGAAAAGUUUCAGUGCACAAAAAGCUAGUCCACCACCUAGGACAUUUUGAGGAAGAAAUUCUCUACUAUGUGUGGUCAUUUUGAUGACUUUUGGAGUGGUAAUUUGAUCCGUAACCUAUAGGAGUAUAUGUACUACGAUAGAGUUGACUAUAUUUUUUCGUUCAUAUAUGUUAUGCAGUUGUUACAAAAGCAAGUGAAUUUACUUGUUGCACUAUGUGAUGUUAUUUUCUUAGUUUGAUCAACAUUUGUCAUCAACGCGAGUUGUUGAAAUCUAUUUAAAAUUUGAUGAGCUUUUAUGCUCACUUUUACUUCAAUUUUUGUCCGAUUCAUUCUUAAAUAUUUGCUCUAAUUCUUAACCAAAUCGGACCAUCGGCACCCAUAAUAAUAUUCCACCCGAUUGGUGUCACGAUUUAAUUCCGUAGUAUCGUAUUGAUUCUCGGAUAAGCCAUUAUGCAAUGCCACCAUUCUGCCUGGCGACUUCUGGUUUCCCAUCGCCACGGUCGAAAUGGCUAGUCGAACUCGUGAGUUCAGCUAACGAACUAUCCUCUAAGCUUUACAUUUACGCUCGCUAAAACCGCCAAGUCUGUUCUUCCUUUCUCUCACCCAGUUCCUCAACUGCCGCCUCUCAUCCUCGCCAUGCCUGCCACUUUACCUUCUCUCCGAAGAUCGUCGCACUCACUCUUGCUCUCCAGCCUUCAUUCUCGCCAACUCUCCAGCUGUCAGGCAUCGUCCUCUACCGUAUCUACGCUGAUUUCGAUCGACGCCGCUGGUUCCGGCGCUUCCUCUAACUCUCCGCGCAACUCGAAUCCAGGGAGCAGAUCUCUGGUUAAGUGGAUCUCCGCCGCCGCUGCCGGCGCAAGUUUCGGCGGAUUAUACUACUGGUCACCGCCGCUUGAUACCAAUCACACCGAUUUUCAUCUCUUCAAGAAGCAGCUCUCGUCCUUCUUUGACCGGUCAGCGACUGUCGCGGGCGGCGAAGCUACUUCCGUCGGCGAUUGUCGGCGAGAAUCGUCCUUGUUUCACAAACUUUCUUUGCCGGAGUACAGAUCGAAGUUCCUCUUCGGAGAUUCGUACAGGCGAAAGGUUUUCUUCAAGUACGAGAAACGAAUAAGGCUGCGGAGUCCGCCGGAGAAGGUAUUCGAGUACUUUGCGUCGCACAAAGCUCCCAAUGGAGAAUUGUUCAUGACGGCGGCGGAUUUGAUGCGAGCUGUUGUCCCCGUUUUCCCACCGUCUGAAUCGAACCUAAUCAGAGAGGGGUAUCUGACAGGGGAAAGGAGUCCCGGGGAAUUGCGCUGUGCUCCUUCUGAGUUCUUCAUGCUUUUUGAUGUGAACAAUGAUGGCCUUAUCUCUUUCAAAGAGUAUAUCUUCUUCGUGACGCUGCUCAGUAUUCCAGAAUCAAGUUUCUCUGUGGCGUUCAAGAUGUUCGACAUUGACAACAGCGGGGAGAUUGAUGAGGAAGAGUUUAAGAAAGUGAUGGCCCUGAUGCGCGCUCAUAACAGGCAAGGAGCUGUACAUAAGGAUGGACUAAGAACAGGGUUUAAGGUUAGUGGCUGUGUGGAAAAUGGAGGCUUGGUGGACUACUUCUUUGGCAGUGAUGGAACUAAGCGGCUCCAAUAUGAUAGCUUUAUGCAAUUCAUGACGAAUUUACAGGAUGAGAUAUUGAGACUGGAGUUUGCUCACUAUGACUACAAAUCACGAGGGACCUUAUUGGCAAAGGAUUUUGCAUUGUCCAUGGUGGCUUCUGCUGACUUCGGCCAUUUAGAUAAGUUACUUGGUCGGGUGGAGGAAUUAGACAAGGACAUGCACCUUCGGGACAUGCAAAUAACGUUUGAGGAAUUCAACAACUUCGCGGAGUUACGUAAGCAGCUAAGGCCAUUCUCUUUGGCUCUUUUCAGUUUCGGGAAAGUAAAUGGCCUGUUAACAAAGGAGGAUUUCCAACGAGCUGCAUCUCAGGUUUGCAACAUUCCACUGUCUGAUAAUGUGGUCGAUAUCAUAUUCCAUGUGUUUGACAUUAACCGUGACGGACAUCUAUGCUCAAAGGAAUUUGUGAGAGUCCUACACAGACGUGAGAGGGACAUUGCUCACCCCACAGGAACAGGAAUAAUGGGACUUCUAUCGUGCUUCUUCAGCCGGUCCCCCGACUCCUUUGAACGUCUGGUUUCUUAACAUCGAUUUGAUGAUUCUUGAGGCCUUGAGAGGAACGUCUUGCAGAUGUGUUUCAGUGUUUGUCACAAGCGCAUUUUAUGGUAGUAGAAUAUAUAUAGCAGGAUCCAAACAAGUUCAGCGGUUUCUUGUAUAAUGUCUAAAGCUGUAGUUGUACUCACUAUAUUGUAUGAACUGUAGACCAAGUUCUACUCCACAUUCCAGAUUUCCCUUCUGAAGCAGUGUUUUAACAGAUUACUAAAUAUCAAGAAGAAUGUGAUCACACACGGUCUUCAUAGACUACACUUGUGCAAAGUGGCUGAACUUCAUUAUCAAAUUUAGAAAGAAUGAUACCACUGAUUUCUCAAAUAGUGUGAACACUUUGAAAGCAGUUGACAAGGGUAAUUGGUAUUUGAAAAGAGAGCUCCAGGACAUACAUAGCCUCCCAUUUUCACCUUACAAAGCAAAUGACGGAUGGAUUUAGGGCAACCACAACCUAGCAAACUUCCUAGGAACACUCCGUUGAACUGUCAGUAGGAAAUUCCUUGAAAGGAUGCAAAAAACAGAAGCAAGCACCGGAGUAGUGACAAGGAUUUGUACAAUUGUCAAGGCCUUCCACAUUAUCAUACUAAAGCUUAGGGUGGCAAGUUGCAGGCAUCCAAAAUUUGACUAUAUGAGAGAGGCCUGUUUACGAGCAAAACUAGCCAUUGAAUCCAAAUGCAAACAAGGCUCCCGCGUUCAACACUAUUCUAGCACCCACCCGAGUCAAGGGUGAUAGACCACACCGAUUCCUUCAAGUCGGUCAUUUAUCUUGAAGAAACCAUCACAGAAGAUGAGCACUAAAUCUCUAUGCCGCAAAACAAACCACCAGGCCUAGCUCCUUCAGAAGGAAGCAGGCAACCAAACUGAGCUCAUACGAAUACAAGGACUCACAAAAUGUAGGGCUUGAGCUUACUACAAGUAGUUUAUGGAUCCGGCAACCUAAGAACGGAAGCAGAAUCAACAACCUAGAAGCAGACAAGAAAAUAAUUCCUACUUGAACUGACCUGAGGGUCUUUUACCUUCCCAUGAAAGAUCAUUAGUGUCCUAAAUCAGUACCCGAGUCCAGAUCAUCCAAAUUAAAACCAGUACGCUUGACGACAUACACCCAAGACGGAAACCCACUCACUUGAAUCCGGACCAGUUGAAAACAAUUGACAUGGCGUAAUAUACUGGCGCUCUCCGCAAGCUCUUUUGGCCACAACAUCGUUUCAACCUGCAAGAAGCAAUCCUUAGGACACACGGGAGUGAAGCUCGAUAACCAUCGACUCUAGGUUGCAGUUAACAAAGAGCUACAGAAGUUCACAUAGAAUGACUGAGAUAUGCCAGAAACUAUGGCAAUCAUGCUUUGAUUCUCAAGUAACGCUAUUCCAGAGACUAUAGAAGGGCAAAGUAAUGCAGAGCAAACAUUCAGGGCAUCAUGUAGAGGCAAUCACAACAUGCAGAUGUAACUCCAUUUGGUUCUGACCCCCAUGCGGCCCUUGUUCCAACUCCUGCUUUCAAAACCACUCUUGCCCAUGUAUUGUCUAAGAACUAAGGUGAUAACAUAUGAUGGAAUGCCACCACACUUCGCACUGGAAACAAACAGAAUACAUCUAAAAAAGGCACCACGGCAAGCAUCAUAAUCAAUUCAGCUGUAUUAUUCCAUAAAAGCGACUAUCAAGAAUAAGCACAUCUGCCUCCUACAACUGUAACAGCAGGGUCAACAGAGAACAAGAAGAGACCGAAACCAAGGAAAUGGAACCGGUAGUGUAAUAGGGUGGCAGAACUGCAAUCACUGCUUUUGAGAAUCGGAGCAGCAAUGUCGAGUAAGAAUCAAAUGGACUACCCCAACCACAGCCAUAACCACCAUACUGUGUCUCCACACUGUUAACAUCUUAUAAAACUGAAGAAUUUUUACCCUGCACAUACUUCAACCAUAAGGAACCACCGAAUGAGGUAAAUAAAAGGAGGCAAAAGGCACAUGUGCCACAAGAGAACUCAAUGUUAUGGGCCGUAUUCAAUAGACGGAUACCAGAAUCUGAAACCCACCUGCAUAAAGCAUUUUCUCCUGAACACUCCAAAGCAUUCUAUAGGAUUUAUCACACUAGUAAAAUGUAACCCAUCUUAUUGUUGAUUCAUAGAAUUGUAGCGAACUUUUCCCAUUUAGAACUUGGAAAGGAGAGAUCCAUCAAAGGCCAUAGAUCUUCCGAUAGAGAAAUUUCCAAAACAGACAUUGUCACUGCAGGCUAGGAAAGUGGAGCAGGAACCAGAGUGGUACCAGAUGUACUACCCCUUUUCUCCAAAUUAUCACCAGAGGCAAGGAAGGUGAGGUUCUAUGCAGUGCAGGAACUGGAUUUGAACCAUAUGUACAAACCUUCCAAAUGCAAUCACUAUAGGCUGAACUGCAAAGCAACAUUUCAGGCAACAACCCAACUUACUUCAAACCAAGAAAAGAAUCUAACACUGAACUUUCCCGUUAGAUUUGUCUCCAUAGACAUUAAUCGAGUCUCUCCAACGUCAAGUUAAUAUUGCCAUGUAGAAAAGAGGAAACACAAGGAUCAAGCACUGUUCAGAAUUAUCCCAAGGCUCACCUGAUGAAUAAACCUAUAAACUCUAUUUUGUUCUGGUAUUUCAACUGUUGAAUCAAGUAAAAGUAGAUGAAGCCAGCAGUCGAACUAAAUAAAUAGCUCACAUGAACGCCCUUAAUCACAAAAACAAAACUUCUCGUUCAGCUGUUUUCUUGGAUCGCAUCAAUACAACAAGCAUAUUCUAAGUAGCUGCUGGGUUUGGCACCGUAAAUGGAGCAGAGUUAUGAGUCUUUCCCUCCCAAGACUCGCAAAUGUAAGAAGUUCACACAUCGAACAAGCACAUUGGUUUUAUCAUGAUAGUUUCCCAGAAAACUUUUUUUUCUUGUUCCAAGAGCUUUUUACUUGCACUGGAGACACUGUAAUGCUAAAGAAAAGACCUAUAUAGUGCAAUCUUUUCUAGCCCAACACCUUAGUUGUUAGUCAAGAUGGUUAUCAAAGUAGAAUAGGCUACUUAUCAUGAGAAGCUCAAAAUCAACCAACCCAUCCACAGACGAAACCAACUAGAGGAAAAAUAUUGUAGUGAAUCAAGUCACCUACGAGAUGAACAGAGAGCUAGAAAGAAUAUGGUGAGCCUCAUCUGCAGCCUGCUUGAACUGCCAAAGGCAUCUAGAUGGAAAUCCAUUUGCAUCUAUGAAGUCCACAUUAAACAAUACUAAUCUCAAGGGUCCUGUUAUUCCCUAAAUGAUUUGAUUGUUUGCUUCAUCACAAGAUUCUUCAAUAUAUAGGUAAUUACCCAGCUAAACGCAUUGAUACUCGGUAAAGGACACUGAACUUGGUUAGAGGACAGAACCAAUGGAAGACAUGUUAAAUACCAUCCAUCCAGGCAGGAAACCUUUUAGCCACAACUCUUCUUAAAAGAUCAAAUGAUCUCCGGGGAAAUAUAAUUCAGGGAACAAAGCUCGAUAACCAACACUUAUAAAACUCGCAGCCACCCAUUGGACUCAAACUCUAUUAAAUCAAGUAAAAUAACUCAUUCCCAGCAGAUUCACAGAGGUUACAAACAAAGUCUAAAGCGCAUCACUUUAGAUUUAGAUACCAGUGAGGCACCUAAUCACUAAGAACUGGUUGAUAACCAAUUUACUUCCCCCACUGAAGUUUCAUAGUGACAAAGAACGGAUCAUA